AUGAGUGGAGAGUCGAAGGCGCCAUUGCGCACGGUGAAGCGCGUCCAAUUCGGCAUCAUUUCACCGGAUGAGAUCCGUCGGAUGUCGGUGACAGAGGGUGGCAUCCAGUAUGCGGAAACAAUGGAAGGUGGCAGGCCGAAGCUGUGCGGUUUGAUGGACCCACGGCAGGGUGUUAUCGAACGCACCUCCCGCUGCCAGACGUGCGCAGGCAAUAUGACCGAGUGCCCAGGUCACUUUGGGCAUAUUGACCUUGCAAAGCCAGUGUUUCACAUCGGUUUCAUCACGAAAACUAUCAAAAUUCUGCGCUGCGUGUGCUUCUACUGCUCAAAAAUGCUUGUCUCGCCGACGAACCCGAAGAUCAAGGAAAUCGUUAUGAAAUCGAAAGGCCAACCCCGCAAGCGUCUCGCGUACGUGUACGAUCUAUGCAAGGGAAAAAAAAUCUGUGAAGGCGGUGAAGACAUGGACAUGACGAAGGAACCAACAGCAGUCGAUGCGAGCAAGAAGCAGGGCCACGGAGGUUGCGGGCACUAUCAGCCGUCGAUCCGGCGCACCGGCCUUGAUCUGAUGGCCGAAUGGAAAGAGGUGAACGAUGAAAAUCAGGAGAAAAAGAUCCAGGUCUCGGCGGAACGGGUUUACGAAAUUCUGAAGCACAUUACUGACGAAGAGUGCUACGUACUCGGCAUGGAUCCAAAGUUUGCGCGUCCCGAUUGGAUGAUUAUCACGGUGUUGCCGGUACCCCCGUUGGCAGUCCGCCCGGCCGUCGUGAUGUUCGGUGCGACGAAAAAUCAGGACGAUCUGACACACAAGCUGUCCGACAUCAUAAAGGCAAACAACGAGCUGAAAAAGAACGAAUCCACCGGGGCGGCCGCCCACGUGAUUGCGGAAAACAUCAAGAUGCUGCAGUUCCACGUGGCCACCCUGGUCGACAACGAUAUGCCCGGUAUGCCGAAGGCCAUGCAGAAAAGCGGCAAACCGCUGAAAGCUAUUAAAGCGCGCCUGAAGGGUAAAGAAGGCCGUAUCCGUGGUAAUUUGAUGGGAAAACGUGUCGACUUCUCUGCCCGUACCGUCAUCACGCCCGAUCCCAACCUGCGCAUCGAUCAGGUGGGUGUGCCCCGGUCCGUUGCCCAAAACAUGACCUUCCCGGAGCUGGUGACGCCAUUUAACAUCGACAGGAUGCAGGAGCUGGUACGCAGAGGAAACUCGCAGUAUCCUGGCGCAAAGUACAUCGUACGCGACAACGGCGAGCGUAUCGAUUUGCGCUUCCACCCGAAAUCAUCCGAUCUGCACCUCCAGUGUGGCUACAAGGUGGAGCGACAUCUGCGUGACGACGAUCUGGUCAUUUUCAAUCGUCAACCGACGCUACACAAGAUGAGUAUGAUGGGCCAUAGGGUGAAGGUGCUGCCAUGGUCGACGUUCCGAAUGAACCUCAGCUGUACGUCACCGUAUAACGCUGAUUUCGAUGGCGAUGAAAUGAAUCUGCAUGUUCCGCAGUCGAUGGAAACGCGUGCGGAGAUUGAGAACAUCCAUAUCACCCCGCGUCAAAUCAUCACGCCGCAGGCAAACAAACCCGUCAUGGGUAUCGUGCAGGAUACGCUGACGGCUGUCCGGAAGAUGACCAAACGAGAUGUGUUCAUCGAGAAGGAACAGAUGAUGAAUCUGCUCAUGUUCUUGCCGACUUGGGAUGGUAAGAUGCCCCAACCGUGCAUCCUCAAGCCCAAACCGCUGUGGACGGGCAAACAAAUCCUAACGCUCAUCAUUCCCGGCAACGUGAACAUGAUCCGUACGCACUCGACGCAUCCGGAAGAGGAGGACGACGGUCCGUACAAGUGGAUCUCGCCCGGCGACACGAAGGUUAUGGUCGAGCACGGUGACCUGAUCAUGGGCAUUCUGUGCAAGAGAACGCUCGGAACAUCCGCUGGAUCUCUGCUUCACAUCGUGUUCCUCGAGCUGGGACACGAAAUUGCGGGCCGGUUCUACGGUAACAUCCAGACUGUCGUAAACAACUGGCUGCUGCUGGAGGGGCACAGCAUCGGUAUUGGGGACACGAUUGCAGAUCCUCAGACGUACUCCGAAAUUCAGCGAGCCAUCAAGAAAGCGAAGGAGGACGUGAUAGGCGUGAUUCAAAAGGCACAUAACAUGGAACUGGAACCGACGCCCGGUAACACGUUGCGACAGACGUUCGAGAAUCAGGUGAAUCGCAUUUUGAACGACGCUCGUGAUAAAACCGGUGGUUCAGCCAAGAAGUCCCUCACAGAGUACAACAAUCUGAAGGCGAUGGUGGUGUCCGGUUCCAAGGGUUCCAACAUUAAUAUUUCGCAGGUUAUUGCUUGUGUCGGUCAGCAGAACGUCGAAGGUAAGCGCAUACCGUUUGGUUUUCGCAAGCGCACAUUGCCUCACUUCAUCAAAGAUGAUUAUGGUCCCGAGUCGCGAGGUUUCGUGGAAAACUCGUACCUUGCUGGGUUAACGCCGACCGAGUUCUACUUCCACGCCAUGGGCGGUCGCGAGGGUUUGAUCGAUACCGCCGUCAAGACGGCCGAAACUGGUUACAUCCAACGUCGUCUAAUCAAGGCUAUGGAGUCCGUCAUGGUAAACUACGACGGAACGGUGCGCAACUCCGUCGGGCAGCUGAUUCAGCUGCGUUACGGCGAAGACGGCCUGUGCGGGGAGACGGUCGAGUUCCAAAACAUGCCCACGAUCAAGCUCUCGAACAAGAUGUUCGAGAAGCGGUAUCGGUUUGAUUCGACGAACGAGCGUACACUGCGGCGGAUCUUCAACGAGGAUGUGAUCAAAGAGCUAACAGAGUCGACCUCGGUCAUCCAGGAGAUUGAAGCCGAGUACGAGCAGCUGCUGCGCGAUCGAGAAGCCCUUCGGCAGAUAUUCCCGAACGGUGAUUCAAAGGUUGUGUUGCCGUGCAAUCUGCAGCGCAUGAUCUGGAACGUGCAGAAGAUUUUCCACAUCAACAAACGCUCGCCGACGGAUCUGUCCCCGCUGAAAGUAAUCCAAGGCGUGCGAGAUUUGCUCCAACGUUGCGUGAUCGUAGCUGGUGCGGAUCGGCUGUCGAAACAGGCGAACGAAAACGCCACGCUGCUGUUCCAGUGUCUUGUACGUUCGACUCUCUGCACCAAGUACGUGGCCGAAGAGUUCCGGCUGAACAAUGAAGCGUUCGAGUGGUUGAUCGGUGAAAUCGAGACACGCUUCCAGCAGGCCCAAGUUAACCCGGGUGAGAUGGUCGGUGCGUUGGCUGCCCAAUCGCUCGGUGAACCGGCCACACAGAUGACACUGAACACGUUCCACUUUGCCGGUGUGUCGUCGAAGAACGUAACGCUCGGUGUGCCUCGGUUGAAGGAAAUUAUCAACAUUUCGAAGCGACCAAAAGCACCCUCACUUACGGUGUUUCUAACGGGUGGUGCGGCCCGUGAUGCCGAAAAAGCAAAGAACGUGCUCUGUCGGCUCGAACAUACGACGCUGCGUAAGGUGACGGCCAACACGGCCAUUUACUACGAUCCGGACCCGCAACGAACGGUGAUCGCUGAGGAUCAGGAGUUUGUGAACGUGUACUACGAGAUGCCCGAUUUCGACCCGACCCGUAUCUCUCCCUGGCUGCUGCGUAUCGAACUUGACCGGAAGCGCAUGACGGACAAGAAGCUAACAAUGGAGCAGAUUGCGGAGAAGAUUAACGCCGGCUUUGGGGACGAUCUGAACUGCAUCUUCAACGAUGACAAUGCGGACAAGUUGGUGCUGCGCAUCCGUAUCAUGAACGAGGACAACAAGUUCCAGGAAAGCGAGGAAGAGAACAUGGACAAAAUGGAAGACGACAUGUUCCUGCGGUGUAUCGAGGCGAACAUGCUGUCGGACAUGACGCUGCAGGGUAUCGAAGCGAUCGGCAAGGUGUACAUGCAUUUACCGCAAACGGACGCAAAGAAGCGUAUAGUCAUCACGCCCGAGGGUGAAUUUAAGCCGAUCGGUGAAUGGUUGCUCGAAACGGACGGUACCUCGAUGAUGAAAGUGCUCAGUGAGCGUGAUGUCGACCCGGUGCGCACGUACAGCAACGACAUUUGCGAGAUCUUCUCCGUACUCGGCAUCGAGGCGGUCCGGAAGUCGGUUGAGAAGGAAAUGAACAACGUGCUGCAAUUCUACGGUCUGUACGUAAACUAUCGCCACUUGGCGUUGCUGUGUGACGUGAUGACGGCCAAGGGCCAUCUGAUGGCAAUCACUCGACACGGCAUCAAUCGACAGGACACGGGAGCUCUUAUGCGCUGCUCGUUCGAGGAAACGGUGGACGUAUUGAACGAUGCGGCCGCUCACGCUGAAGUCGAUCCGAUGCGUGGUGUCUCGGAGAACAUCAUCCUAGGUCAGUUGCCCCGCAUGGGUACCGGUUGUUUCGAUCUGCUGCUGGACGCGGAAAAGUGUAAACUCGGCAUGGAAAUCCCGCACACCUCGAUCCUGGGAGGAACGGGUAUGUUCUUCGGUUCAGCAGCGACACCCAGCAUGACACCGUGGCAGCAAUCGGCCACACCCGGUUACGGUGGGUGGUCACCAUCCGGACCGGCUAGCGGUAUGACACCAGGUGGACCAAGUUUCUCCCCGUCAGCGCAAUCCGAUGCUUCCGGCAUGUCACCAUCGUCCUGGUCACCGAUACGCGGAUCACCAAGCUCACCUGGUCCGUCUAUGUCCCCGUACCCACCGUCAUCACCCUCGAUGUCACCGUCUUACUCACCGAGUAGCCCGAACUAUGCCCCCAACUCUCCUGGGGGAGCAUCACCUUCAUACUCGCCAACAAGCCCGUGUUACUCGCCUCCGAGCCCGCAAUACUCGCCUGGCAGCUCCAACUACUCUCCCAGCAGUCCCAACAUCCACUCGGCCACUCAGAAUUAUUCACCGACCUCACCGAGCUACUCACCGAUGUCUCCGAUGCAUCCGACAAGUGCAUCAAAUUACGCCAGUCCCGGUUACUCCCCUACGAGCCCCUCGUACUCGCCGACCUCACCGAGCUAUUCCCCUUCAUCGCCCGUCUUUUCACCGACCAGUCCCUCUUACUCACCGUCAAGUCCAUCCUACUCACCCACCAGCCCAUCGUACUCUCCGACGAGUCCAUCCUACUCACCCACGUCCCCGAACUUUACGCCUGUCACACCCUCCUACUCCCCGUCUAGCCCGAACUAUUCACCCACCUCGCCCCACUAUUCCCCUGCCUCACCCAGCUACUCCCCAUCAUCGCCGAAGUACUCACCCACGUCACUGUCCUAUUCACCGACUUCGCCGUCCUACAUCGGCAGCCCGCACUACACUCCGGCCAGCCCGCAGUACGCACAAACCAGCCCGAACUACUCGCCCACAUCGCCGAGCUACUCGCCCUCGUCCCCGCAACACUCUCCCGGCAGCAGCAGCAACCAUUACAGCAUCGGUUCGUCCUCGUACUCGCAGACACCCGCACCGUAUUCGCCGAACAUGUCCUCGUACUCACCGAGCAGCCCCAAGUACUCCCCGACCAGCCCAGUCUACACAUCCAGCUCACCCACCUACUCGCCUUCUUCACCGGCCUACUCACCCACACCGCAGGGCUACAGCCCUUCGAGCCCGGCCAGUCCAACCUAUUCGCCGACCAGUCCCUCGUACGAUGACAGCAACGAGGACUAAAGAUCCUUCGGCGAUCGCCGUGGUGAUGAUACGCGGUCUGAUGCAUAAUUGGCAGGGAAGCAUCGCAGGGAAGAACAGCUGGCAGAACGGUGGAGGCGCGCUCAUCGUGUGGUGGUACUUUCUAGGAUGGGGUUUUUUAUGUACCCCUGUUAUUAUGCUCUCCACUGGCGUGUACCGUACCACUACAACAGGCUCCAACGAGAUCCAUGGUGUUUGGGGGAACGAAGGAGAUUUAAUUUGUUUUAAGUUAAGAAUCUUUGCUUUUAAGAACCGCACAAUUAAACCGCCAUCCUUUCCACCCCACUGUAUGCGAGCCGGUGUGUGCGUGUAGCAUCUCGUUUUUAAUUCAUAUUUACAGAUGAAGAGUGACAAUCUUUUUUUUGUUGAAAUUCUCCCGAUCGGCGAAACGUUAGUUGAUGGAAGCCUUCUGGAGGGCGAUAUGAAAACAGGCAGCGGGUUUCUUCGAAGCAUACCCUAGAGAAGGUGCGUGGGCGUUGAACACGUAAUGUAAAUGAUAUUUAUAAGCGAUACAGUAUGGCAGUGCGAAACAUUCAGAAUAUAGUAAUUCAAUAUAACUAAAUAAAUAUG